CUAGAGAUUUCGUAUGAUGGUGAAACCGUCGACGAGACUUUGAUAAAACUAUUGGAGAGACUAGGUGGUGGCGGAAACGCCGAAACUUCGUCGAACUUUUGGUUGCCAUUCAUUAAGACAGGGGCGAUCAGUUAAAUUGAAACCGUGUGAUUCGCAAGGGAGACAUCUGCCCUAUGAUUAACUGUGAUAGGAAGGACACGAGAGGGUUUUACUUAUUAUGGCAGAGGAUGGUUUAGCUAGGAACUUAGAUGAUGUAACAGUAGGCACUGGAGGUAAUGGAGUGAUACAAGGCAGAACACCACAGUCAGCAGCAAGCAGCCACGGUAAAGGAAAAACUGCAAGUAGAGGAAGAAUUUAUAAUAACAGGCUUGCAUCUGCACAUGGUCAGUACUAUCCUAGUGCUGGUAGCUCGUCAGGAUACUGUCAUCCACAUGGCAAUGACUGGAAACUCACAUCAAAUGAAGAUGACAAGGCCCGAUAUACAGUGAAGCAAAUUGAUCAUGAUGAGAUAGGGGAAUUGUCAAGAGAGCAAGACACUGUCCUGGAAUCACAACAAGGGGCAUGCUACCAACCUACCAAGAUGGAGACAGAGGCAGUCUGCCAAAAGAAAGAAGACAUUGCUAAUGACUCUCGAAAAGCUAGGGGGAAAACUGCUAAAAUUUCAGUGGACCAGCCAAGGGCAAAAGAAAGCAGAAGAAAGAACUCACAAGGUAAAAGGGGACUUCAAAGACAUCAUGGUGGCAACAAUGAAUUUACCCCUUUAUCUUGCGAUAGUCAUGAAUUCUGUAAUGACCUUACAAUGCAAGAAAGAGUCAUUCAUAAAUCCAAGAUUUCUACUAAAAUGGACUCUUUAAGCUCUAUAUGGCAACCUAAUUUUAACUACAGUAAACAUGGACACAGAUCCAAGAAACUUGAUAAACCAGAUGGUAGGCAGAAGGGACAAAAGGGAGAAACUUCUGCAAUAAAAACAGGAAAGAGAGGCAAUAUAAGAGAUUACAGAAGACAAAAGGAAGAAGUUCUUCGAACACUCAGUUAUCUUAAUCCACUGCAGUCAUCUCAAGCCAGUGUCUUGAUAGAACAGCUAAGGAAUGAGACAUAUGAGUGUAUGGUUUGCUGUGAACGGAUUCGAUGUAGUGCUGCUGUGUGGAACUGUUGCAGUUGUUAUCAUUUGUUUCACAUGGGCUGUGUGAGAAAAUGGGCAAAAUCCUCUGUGGCUAUACCUCCAGAAGGUGAUGAAAUUGGUGGUUGGCGAUGUCCAGGCUGUCAACAUAUUACUCAGGGUAUUCCAGCUGUCUACAAAUGCUUUUGUGGGAAAGUUACUGAUCCUGAGUGGAGACGUCAUGAAGGGUUGACACCUCACAGUUGUGGAGAACUAUGUGGAAAACAGAGAGAUUCACUUUGCCAACAUCGCUGUAACCAGCUCUGUCAUCCUGGGCCCUGCCCUUCUUGCCCUGUGAUGAUAACAAAAGCCUGUUCCUGUGGAAAAACAAAGAAGUGCAUUAGAUGUGGUCAGGCAACUGUCAUAUUGUGUGACCAAGUUUGCAACAAAAUUCUCAACUGUCUCACCCACAAGUGUUCAAGAAUUUGUCACCAAGGUCCCUGUGGAGACUGUAAAAUCCUUGUACAACAAGUUUGUUAUUGUGGAAAACAACACCGGGAGGUGUUUUGUGGAGCAGGUGUACCUGACAAUGAGGAUCUGGAAGCAAAAUCAGGAUGUUUCUCUUGCCAAGACAAGUGCUUAAGGACCCUUGAUUGUGGUAACCAUAACUGUCAAAAUGUUUGUCAUAUUGGAGUUUGUAAAGAAUGUCUGCUGAAGCCAUCAAUUUUAACAAGUUGUCCAUGUGGAAAAACUCCUGUUUUUGAUUUGCUUGGUGGUCAUGAUGUCAGAAAAUCCUGCUUAGAUCCAGUGCCAACCUGCAAAUUGAUGUGUGGGAAGGUUCUUCCUUGCAGUCCAUCCAAAGAUCUGUCAUCUGCGGAAGGCAGAGGAGGCAAAACCACCAAAGAGCACUGCUGUAAAAUGCAAUGUCAUCUAGGUGAGUGUGGUCCUUGUGAUGGAAGGACAAAAGUCAAGUGUAGAUGUGGUACAAAUUCCAAGGAGAUCCCUUGCUCAGAGAUAAACUUUGAAGAAUAUACCUGUGACCAACGCUGUAACAAGAAAAGACAAUGUGGACGACACAGGUGUAACAAGAAAUGCUGUGGGGAUGUGGAACACAAGUGUGAGUUUAUUUGUGGUAAAAAGCUGCAAUGUGGUCUUCAUCAAUGCCCAGAACCUUGUCACCCUGCUGGUUAUUGUCCACCUUGCUUGAUGUCAGGCUUUGACGAAUUAAAAUGUUAUUGUGGAGCUACAGUUUUGUACCCACCAAUCCCAUGUGGAACUACACCUCCUGAGUGUGACAAGCCUUGCUCAAGGAUUCAUACUUGUCACCAUCCAGUGAAUCAUACAUGCCACAGUGAAGAAACGUGCCCUCCUUGCACAAUAUUGACCAAGAAAAAAUGUAUGGGAGACCAUGAGGUUCGACACAACAUUCCGUGCCAUGUAAAUGAUGUCUCAUGUGGAAAGGAGUGUGGAAAACCACUGAAUUGUGGACACAAAUGUCUGAAAAUUUGUCAUAGGCUUCCAUGUCUGAGUGACGAUGAGCCAUGUUUACAACCCUGCGAGUUUCCACGUAAGGAUUGUGGUCACCCAUGUGCAGCAACCUGCCAUUCUGGCAAGCAAUGCCCAGCAAUACCAUGCAAAGUCAAGGUCACAGUAAAAUGCAAAUGUGGGAGACGUUCAGAAAAGUUACCCUGUCUUCAAGGGGGCGAAAAGACGGCUGUUACUCAAGCAUAUCAGCGCCUGGCCACCGAGACACUUGCAACCAAGAUGAAAGAUUUACAAAGUGGCCAGUGUAUAGAUAUCAGCAGCAUGAUGAAAGUGGAUGAUAAGAAGUUGCGAGAGCUUGAGUGUAACAGUGAUUGUCAUGUACACGAACGAAACAGACGGUUGGCCGAAGCACUUAACAUUGAAAAUGCUGAUUUGUCCCAAGAGGUCUCAUUUCGCUUUUCACCAUUCCUUUGGACGGAAGCCAAGCAAAAUCUAAAAUUUGCCAAGUCUGUGGAGGAGGCACUGGAAAAUCUUGUUCAAGCUACUUUGAAGUCAACAACAUCUCAAAGGACACAUUCCUUUCCACCGAUGAACUCAAAUCAAAGACGGCUCGUCCAUGAACUUGCUGUGUUUUACAACUGUGCAUCCAGAAGUUAUGAUAAAGAACCAAAAAGAAACACAGUAGUAACUGCCACUAAGGAGUCUCGUCUUCCGUCUGCAAGAUUAUCAUCACAGAUAGAGAGAGAAAUCAACCCGCCCCCUCCUCAGCCCAUACCAUUCCUACCCUCCUCUCAGGAACCUACAAAAAAGUUAUUGUCUCAGGAAAGGAAAAAAACCGCAUGGGCACAACCUCCUGAUUACUUUUCCGAUGAUUUCCAAGACUGAUAACAAGAUGCCAACUUGAUUUAACUAAAUUCAUAGGAGAAAGAGACAGAAGUUAGAAGAAGAACUGAAGUGUGAUCUUCCUGGCUCUUUAAUUAUAAAAUGAAUGAAGUGGGAAGACUUAAACGUCAAUUAAUUUACUCUUCUAACAUUUACUCUAAAAGAAUUACAAACCCUUACAUAAUAUUUUCUGAUACCUUUAAAAUAAGGAUUCGAAUUACCGCUGCAUCCUUAUGUCAGACUGCGUUUUUCGGGAAGGGAGUCGAGACUAGCAAAUAAACUCUAUUACCAUGAGCGUCAUGUUGA